AUGACCCUCCGGCGGCGCGGGGAGAAGGCGACCAUCAGCAUCCAGGAGCAUAUGGCCAUCGACGUGUGCCCCGGCCCCAUACGGCCCAUCAAGCAGAUCUCCGACUACUUCCCCCGCUUCCCGCGGGGCCUGCCCCCGGACGCCGGGCCCCGCGCUGCUGCGCCCCCGGACGCCCCCGCGCGCCCCGCCGCGGCCAGCGCCGGCCGCCGCAGCCCCUCCGACGGCGCCCGCGACGACGACGAGGAUGUCGAUCAGCUCUUUGGAGCCUAUGGCGCCAGCCCCGGCCCCGGCCCAGUCCCCAGCCCGGGGCGGCCGCCCGCCAAGCCACCCGAGGAAGAGCCGGACGCCGACGGCUACGAGUCCGACGACUGCACCGCCCUGGGCACACUGGACUUCAGCCUGCUCUACGACCAGGAGAACAACGCCCUGCACUGCACCAUCACCAAGGCCAAGGGCCUGAAGCCGAUGGACCACAAUGGGCUGGCAGACCCGUACGUCAAGCUGCACCUGCUGCCAGGAGCCAGUAAGGCAAAUAAGCUCAGAACGAAAACUCUCCGAAACACUUUGAACCCCACGUGGAACGAGACCCUCACUUACUACGGGAUCACAGACGAAGACAUGAUCCGAAAGACCCUGCGGAUAUCCGUGUGUGAUGAGGACAAAUUCCGCCACAACGAGUUCAUCGGGGAGACCAGGGUGCCCCUGAAGAAGCUGAAGCCCAACCACACCAAGACGUUCAGCAUCUGCCUAGAGAAGCAGCUGCCGGUGGACAAGACGGAAGACAAGUCCCUGGAGGAGCGGGGCCGCAUCCUGGUCUCCCUCAAGUACAGCUCGCAGAAGCAGGGCCUGCUGGUUGGCAUCGUGCGCUGUGCCCACCUGGCCGCCAUGGACGCCAACGGCUACUCAGACCCCUACGUGAAAACAUACCUGAAGCCAGAUGUGGACAAGAAAUCCAAACACAAGACAGCAGUAAAGAAGAAAACCCUGAACCCAGAGUUCAACGAGGAAUUCUGUUACGAGAUUAAGCAUGGGGACCUGGCCAAGAAGACCCUGGAGAUCACCGUCUGGGAUUAUGACAUUGGAAAAUCCAACGAUUUCAUUGGUGGCGUGGUUCUGGGCAUCAACGCCAAGGGAGAGCGCCUGAAGCACUGGUUUGACUGCCUGAAGAACAAGGACAAGAGGAUAGAGCGCUGGCACACACUCACCAACGAGCUCCCGGGGGCCGUGCUCAGCGACUGA